GCAGCUGUAGCCUGCACGAGGGGAUGGAUAACGGGGCGAAUGUUUUCGUGCCGAAGUUUUCCGCUCUGAUAAAAGGUCACAGUGGCGUAAACCAGCUUGGUGGUGUGUUUGUUAAUGGUAGACCGCUGCCGGAUUCCACCAGGCAGAAAAUAGUUGAACUUGCUCACAGUGGCGCUCGACCCUGCGACAUCUCCAGGAUACUGCAGACCCAUGAUGAAGUCCAAGUGCUGGACAGUGACAAGGUAUCCAACGGCUGCGUGAGCAAGAUCCUGGGCAGAUAUUAUGAGACGGGCUCCAUAAGACCGAGAGCAAUAGGCGGCAGCAAGCCCAGGGUCGCCACUCCAGAGGUGGUCGCGAAAAUCGCUCAGUACAAGCGGGAGUGUCCGUCUAUCUUCGCGUGGGAGAUCCGUGACAGACUCCUGUCGGAGGGGAUCUGCACCAACGACAAUAUACCCAGUGUGUCAUCGAUAAACAGAGUCCUCCGCAACCUGGCUAGUGAAAAGCAACAGAUGGGCGCAGAUGGCAUGUAUGACAAGCUGAGAAUGCUCAACGGUCAGACAGGAACUUGGGGGACCCGGCCCGGCUGGUACCCCGGAACAUCAGUGCCAGGGCAGCCCAACCAAGAUGGCUGCCAACAACAAGACGGUGCAGGGGAAAACACAAACUCCAUCAGCUCCAACGGUGAGGAUUCAGAGGAGACACAGAUGCGGCUGCAGCUCAAGAGGAAACUACAGAGAAAUCGCACGUCCUUCACACAGGAGCAAAUUGAAGCACUGGAAAAAGAAUUUGAAAGAACUCAUUAUCCAGAUGUUUUCGCGCGAGAGAGACUAGCAGCGAAAAUCGACCUGCCCGAAGCAAGAAUACAAGUAUGGUUUUCAAAUAGAAGAGCAAAGUGGAGGCGAGAGGAGAAGCUGCGGAACCAGCGCCGGCAGGCCAACAACUCCUCCAGUCACAUUCCCAUCAGCAGCAGCUUCAGCACCAGCGUCUACCAGGCCAUCCCACAGCCCACUACACCGGUGUCUUUCACCUCGGGGUCAAUGCUGGGAAGACCUGACUCUGCACUCACAAACACCUACAGUGCGCUGCCCCCCAUGCCCAGCUUCACCAUGGCAAACAAUCUACCUAUGCAACCCAGCCAGACCUCCUCUUAUUCCUGCAUGCUGCCUACCAGUCCGCCUGUGAACGGGCGGAGCUACGAAACAUACACGCCCCCUCAUAUGCAGGCACAUAUGAACAGCCAAUCAAUGACCACUUCUGGUACCACCUCAACAGGACUCAUCUCUCCUGGAGUGUCUGUCCCUGUCCAAGUCCCAGGUAGCGAGCCUGACAUGUCUCAGUACUGGUCAAGACUACAGUAGAGAGAAGAGCUACUUCACCCUGUAACCACCCACUCCACCAUCGCCCUCCGGCAGUGCUCCUCACACAUACACGGCACAGGAGAGUAGGGAAGGCGAGAGAGGGUUGAGAAGAGGCAAAGGACAGGACAGGAGAGGAGAGGAGAGGAGAGGAGGGAAGGAGGAGAGAGACUCUAGGAGAGCCUUGGGACGUCUGGGCUUUGUUUUUCCAGUGGGACUGUGUGCUGUUCUGUAGCUCUAGGCACAUUCAAAUGAGGACUUGGAAGAGAGAACAACGGUGGAAAGACAGAAAAAAAAUGGACCUCUGUAAAGUGCCCGGUGUUAAAUUUUUAUGGAACAAAAACUUAUCUGUUUUUUUUUUCUAUUUCCAACUUCAGUCAUUGUUUCCUUUUUUCUCUGGUGUGUUAGUAAAUGGCCAUUUGUAUGUUAAUAUGAAAAACCAAGAUCAAGUACUGAUAGAUGGACUGCUAGAAAACCAUGUUGGUCUUGCGUUUGUCUGAGAGAGGAGAACCUGAGAGAUUCUGCCAUGACUAUCCUUUAAUCUGCUUAUAUCGAGACUUUCUACCAGCCUUUGCAUGGUCUCUGGACGCUGUUGCAUAUCAUUAAAGACGAAAAGCUGGAGGGAAGACUCUUACUGUGUCAAAAAAACAAAAACAAAAAAAAAAACAAAAAAAAAAAAACUAUUUAUUGGUCUUAUUUCUUACGAAUGGAUAUUUAGCAGAGGAAACUCAAACUCGAUCCAUCCACUGAGGCUGUGGUCUUGACUCCUCUGACGUGGGCUUGCGUUUGCUGGCUUUUAAGACACGGAUCACUAUCAACAGCUCAAAGUGUGCAAAGACGGUGCGACACGCGACACAACUUGGACCUCGUGCUUCGGUGGUUGGAUUGACUCUAGAUUACCACGAAGAACAUUAAAUGUGGAAAACAGGUGUAAAAGAAAAC